AUGAAGCCGGCGGCGUUGCUGCUGUUGGAGCUGAAGGCGGUAGUGGAGGAAGAGGAAGAGGAAGAGGAAGGCGAUCAGAAAGAAGUUGUCGACAACCAGGACGAUCGUCUUUCAGUGGAAGCCCAACAGGGAGGAUACCCACUCCUUCAGCAACAGCAGGAUGACGCCUACUACGGUUCUGGCGGCUACGACGACGACGACGAAGGAGACGAGCAGCAAGAAGUUGAGAUGAGAGGCCCUCCAAUAUCGGUCGGAUCCGCAGAAGUACUUGAGCGGGUGUUGAAGAAACUACAGGAAGAUGGCGUCCGUGCAGAGGUCGUCCGCGGCGCCGUUACCGAGACCAUCGAGGCUGCUAUUGCCACCCCCGUUCCCUCCAAUGGUGCAAUACAUGAUGAGUAG